GUCCAUCUUCAACUCAUUUUUCUAUUACGGAAAAAACGACACUCUUUUGAAGAGAACAUGGAUACAAUUAGACAUUUCACCAAAGUUUUCAAGUGUACUUAUAUUCAUCUCUUCAUUUAUUGCUUGAUACUUUUCUCGGAUUCUGUGGUUCCUUCUUCAUCAAUAGUCAAGUCACUUCCAGGAUUUCCCGGUCCCCUUCCUUUCAAUCUUGAAACUGGAUACAUAGCAGUGGAUGAGAAGGAAGAUGUUCAGUUCUUCUAUUACUUUGUUGAAUCUGAAGGGAGCCCAAGAGAUGAUCCUCUUAUGCUUUGGUUCACUGGUGGGCCUUUCUGCUCUGGUUUCUCUUCGCUUGCUAUUGGGAUAGGUCCCAUUCUGUUUAACAAGAUUGAGUACAAUGGCAGCUUACCAACAUUAACACUGAAUCCAAACUCAUGGACAAAGGCCGCCAGUAUAAUAUUCAUAGAUGCACCUGCUGGCUCUGGAUUUUCAUAUUCUAGGAGUUUGGAAGGCUAUCAGACUGGUGAACUUCUUCUGGCCCAUCAAAUUUUUAAUUUUCUGAAAAAGUGGUUACUUUCUCACCCCAAGUUCAUCUCCAAUCCACUCUAUUUAGGCGGUCAAUCAUAUGGUGGUAUCAUAAUCCCUCUAGUUGCCCAAGAAGUAGCAAAGAGUAUUGAAGCCGGCCACACACCAAAAUUUAACUUCCGGGGCUAUUUGCUCGGGAACCCGCUAACGGAUUUAAAUAUCGAUUGGAAUUCGAACGUUUCAUUUGCUCACCGUAUGGGACUUAUACCGGAUGAGCUCUAUGAGGCGGUGAAGAUUACCUGCAAAGAACAAUACCGAGGAAACUACGACAAGAAUUCGUCAUGCGCCAACAAUCUUAAUGCUAUCUUACACUGCACCGAAAAGUUAAACGACCAACAUAUCUUGGAGCCUAAGUGUACAACCUAUACUGCAAAUGGGAAGACGGAAUUUAUCAACAGAAAAUCACUUCUAGAAAAGCCAUCACCUGAUUUUCCCGAGUUCGAGUGUAGGCUGAUCAUUGGUCAAUUCCUUUUGAAGAGCUAUAAUAGCCUGCUAAUCCAUUCUUGGGCAAAUAACGAAGCCGUUCAAAGGGCACUUCAUAUUCAGAAAGGAACGAUAGAGACAUGGAUAAGAUGCCCUGAUAACGUACCUCACAAGUUUCAAGCCACGAGUGUUAUUCUCUAUCAUCAGCAUCUCCACUCACGAGGUUAUAAGGCUCUGAUAUACAGUGGAGAUCAUGACAUGUUGGUCCCUUACAUUGGAACCCAAACAUGGAUCAAGUCUCUGAACAUUCCCAUUGUUAGUACAUGGAGGCCAUGGCUGGUUAACGACCAAAUUGCAGGAUAUGUGACUGAAUAUUCAGGAGGCCUUACUUUCGCCACUGUCAAGGGUGGUGGACAUACAGCCCCGGAGUACCGGCCUAAGGAGUGCUUUUCCAUGUUCAAAAGAUGGAUCUCGAACCACUUUGAGUAACAGCACCUAUUGUACUGAAACAAUGUAUAAGGAAUUGUUAGAGAAUUUGAGUGUAGAGAGUGAAAAGAAUGCAGAAAUAAGAGAGGGUUUGAAGAGUAUAUGAAUAUUUUCUUUUAAGGUUUUAUUUGCCCUUACUUCUCAAAGUUUGCUAAUGAGUUUUAAUGACAAAUUACCCUCUAAGAUACAACAAACCCUUGAACACGAUAUCUAGCAAUAAUGUUGAGUUCCAGAACAUGAAUUAAUUGUGUAAGUUUUCUAGAGAAUUAAUAAAG